AUGGCGCACGAGCGGCGCGGCGCGGCGGCGUCGUCCGCGGCUGCACACGACGCUGCAGGGGAAGCGCUAUUUGUUGACGUAGUACAUGAAGCCCCUCUAUCUGGUCAGCGGCAGCCUCGAAGCAUAGUUGGUGGCACUCUGUACUGUAUCUUAUUGGCAGGUUAUGCUGGUAUUGUCAUAGCAGCUCCAUGGAUAUUUGUUCUUAUACCAGACAUGAUCCUUCCGUUGCUAUGUAGCUGCAAUGUUCUGCUUCUAAUUAUUACAGGUAUAUUCCAACAAUAUUGGGUCCAUCAGGUCACAAAAGUGCGACUACAGGGCUACUAUGAUUUAAGCCAAAAAUUGAAGCGCAUUGCUCGAGUUCCAUUUGCCGCUAUUGCUUGCGGUACUGCCCUAUUGCUCUUAAUUCUAGUUUGGCAGCCUCGAGUAGAGGUAUUAUCAAUUUCAGUUUUGCUCAGGAUUGCACUAGUUGUUGAAGUGAUAUCCGCCGGAUGUUUCAUGAGCUUAUACAUAGGGCACAUCCAUAAAUACAACUCUUUGAAUGAGCAGCCUGACAUUCUACGGCCACUUUAUUCUGCACUGCAACCAUCUAGUUCGCUGGAAGAGAUAAGGUACUAUGAUUCUCGUCUGUCUGACCAACAAAUGGCAUUGCUCCAGUACCAGAGGGAGAAUAUUCAUUAUCUGAGUGAAGAGGUGCUUAGGUUGCAAGAAAGCUUAAGUAAGUACCAUAGAAGUGUUGCUGCCAGCACUCCUCAGGUUGAUCUUACUCAUCUUUUGGCAUCUCGUGAUCAAGAACUUCGUGCACUGUCUGCUGAGAUGAAUCAAGUGCAUUCGGAGCUUCGUGUUGCUCGUGGUUUGAUUGCUGAGAAGGACUCAGAGAUCCAGCUCAUCCGUGGGAAAAACAAUCAAUACGUCGAAGAAAACGAGAGACUAAGAGCUAUCCUUGGUGAAUGGAGCACUCGAGCAGCAAAGCUUGAGAGAGCGCUCGAGGCUGAGAGAGUGUCCAACAUGGAACUGCAGAAGAACCGCGCAAAGCUCAGACGCCAAUCAACCAGGGAGAAAAUACCUGACAUUCCUCAAUCAGACAGUUCCUCCAUAGGUGUGCUCUAG